CCACGUAGAAGGUGAAAAAGCUAUUUAAGGGACAGCUGACCGCAAUGGAACGUAUACUUCCCGUCGGGUUCCCCGAUCUAAAAAUCACUCCGCCCGUUUGAAAUCCCGCGACGAGCGGAAAGGCUCCACGCAUUUCGGGCCGACCGACACGUCCCCUUGCUCGGCUCAUGUCUUCCGUCCGAUCCCCAUCGGACGAUCCACAGCAGUCUGUGAGAGGUUACCGCUUCCCCUCUCUCCCCAUCUUUUUUCAAAAAAAACCCUAGAUCGUUCGUUCCGCCGCCUCUUUCUCUCUUCCACAUCUUUUCUCUCUCCUCCCACUCUCCGUUGCUGCAACGCGGAAUUCGUAAAACGCUUUAACCGCCAAGAAUUUGAGACAGGGAAAGGCGAGGUAAAAGAGAACGGGGAAAUUUCGGGAAAGGGCGAAAGGGGCAAGAAGAAUAAUAGGCGUCGCAUCGGAUCGUUGGUUGCAAUCUGGGAACCAUGGGCGUCGGUGAGCGCCGGUGAUCGGAUCCGGGAUGGGUGGUCGUCGAACGCCGAUGAGGACGCUGAUGAGCGAUGAGACGGCAUGCGAGAUCUGAGAACCGAAAGAUCGUACGAAAGUUCGGGGAGCCGGCGGAGGGGGCAGCAGGGGAAGCGGAGAUUGGGUCGAUGGUCUUCCCCUUCCGGGCUCCGCCGGCGUCGAUGCCGUCGGUCAGGACGCGGCGGUCGACCAGGGUGUUCGUCCCCAAGGCCCCGGACAAAGCCGAAGCCGCCGCCGCCGCCGCCGCCAGCGACGGGGUACCGUUAGCGAGGGUUCUCCGCUCCGGGAAACGAUUCGCGGUGUCGGAUCAGGCACUGGAGAAGAAGGCGGACGCUGGAGACGGCGAAGGGGUCGAGUGGCUGCGGGUGCUCGGCGGCGGUGGCAACGCGGCGGAUCUGCGGUGGUGGAAGGGGGAAGAGGAGAAGGGUGAUUUCGGGGCCGAGGAUGAGUGGCGCGAGCCCGCGGCACUGCAAUCUGAUGAGUCUCUGGCCUCUGCCAAUCGAAGGGCCUCUAUGGAUUCACCCCAAGAGAAGAAGUUUGGGAUUGUCUACAACCGGAAGCGGCGGAUGCCACUGUCUGAUGAUGCGGUGCCUUCACCUUGUGGAAUAGGAGAAAGGGACUCCGAGAGGGAUCGGAGGUAUAGAAUCGUUUUUAUGCGGAAACAGCUCAGGAAAAGGCCAAAGGUGGAGCCUUUAGUUGAAGUCGUUUCGGGAGAGACAGAAAAAAUGGAUGGGGAGCAAGAGCAGAUCUCAAGACGCACUUGCAGAGUAGAGAGGGUGCUUAGAAUCACAGAGUCUGCGAGGGGUUUCGCUGAAAAGGUGGGCAUUUUAGGGGAUGAUAUCUGGACUUGCUCAAGUGGCUCCAUGGUGCUUGUUGUGCUCAUAGAUUCCUACUGUAGUAGUAGUUCACUUCAAUUUUCGCGUCUCCUUAUCUCUGUAGUGAGCUGGAUGAAGAAGGCUAGAGUGAGAUUCCGGCAAUUUGCUGCCUUUCUGUUAUCUGAACCGAUGGCCACUGCUUUCUCUCUAAAUGGCGUCCAUUUCUUACCAGUUUGGCAUUGUAAAAAUAAUGUUUUCUUCAGCAAUUCUGUAUCUGCUUGUGGACUUUGCAAGAUUUAUGGUGCCAAACAGUUUAUACCUUUGUUCUCGCUUAAUUUCUCCGCCAUUCCGUUCUUCUUUAAGGGCUUGCAUGUCGCUAUGCUUCUUGGCUCUCAAUAUUUACCUGGUGUUUUUGCGAAAUAUGCAUUGGGUUUGCACACAUACUUUCCGGUGGCUGUGCGAUUUGAAGAAUAUGAUUCUCAUAUUCUUGCAGAGACAGGUUUUUCAGGAACUGAAGUCGUAGUUUCUGUAAUUCCUGCUGUGAAGAGGAAUGAAUCACAUACCGCUUUGGAAGUGCCUAAAUCAGUGGGACGAAGUGCAGUAAUUGUGCAUGGUUCAAGGCUACGGAGACAUCAGAAAAAGAGAAGCUCCUCCAGGCAUUCCAGAAGUCACCAUCUUUUCGCAAUGAAUUCACAGCCUGGUUCACUGCGGUCUGAUCAGCACCGGAUUGGAGUUUUUCCGGAAGCCAAAGCACUUUCCUUUAGGAACUCCUUCGUGGAGCCUGUCCAUGUGAGAACUAUUGAAUCUUGUGUGAGUGAUUUUUUAAGUAGUAAAGAUGAUAGUGAUGUCUCUACUCCUCUUGGAUCUCGUGAGAAGCACAGGAAAUUAUCAAUAAAGAGCCCCAUCGAGCGGAUCAAGGAACUUAAGUUGGCUUUGGCUGAGGUGAAGCAAAACAUAGAUUCUGCACAUUGCAAUGCAAAUGUCUUGGUUACUGUUUCUGAUAGGUGCUGGAGGGAAGAAGGGGCUGAUGUUAUGUUAGAAUCUUUGCAUUCUAAAGAGUGGUGCAUAGCAGUGAAGGUAAGGGGCACGACAAGGUACCUACAUAAAGCUCAAGACAUGAGGCCUUGCAUUGUCAACCGUUUCACUCAUGCCUAUAUGUGGAAUGGAGAGGAUGGUUGGAAGCUUGAGUUUUGUGAUAAGUGGGAUUGGCUUGUGUUUAAGGAAUUGCAUAUGGAAUGUCAUGAACGCAACUCUCAGAGUGCACAUGAUGUCCCUGUAAGGGCAAUACCGUUGCCAAGGUUUCGUGAAGUUUCUGGUUAUGAGGACAGUGCCACAGCUGCUUUUGUGCGCCCUGAUGACUACAUCAGGAUGAUGGAUGAUGAAGUUGGGCGAGCUGUAGCAAGUGAUGCUCCCAGUUAUGAUAUGGACUCAGGGGAUGAGGAGUGGCUUCAGCUUCUAAAUUUUUGCUCUUCUGAUGUACAGAAUAAUGGUUUUGGUCAUGUUUCAGAAGAAACUUUUGAGAAAAUAAUAUUUGCCUUGGAAAAAGAUGCUUAUGGCAGUCCCAAUGACAUUUAUGAUAAAGAGAGGGCAUUGGAUCUUUGUUGGGAUUUAGGGAAAAAGGAAAUGCUGGUUGCUGUGUAUGAUUAUUGGGUAGAAAAGAGGAACCAGAGACGUGCAGCUUUGGUUAAGGCCUUUCAGUAUCAUGUCCCAACCCCGAGGAGAGCACAAUUUAUGCAGAGACCAUUGUUUCAGAAAAGAAGAUCUAUUAAGAGACAACGUUGCCAGUCUGGAAGAGGGAAGCCAGAAUUCUUGUUGGAAGGUGGAACUGAGGAGGGGGCUUCACGGAGGGUUCAAGAAGCAGAGAAUGCGGCUAACAGGGCUGUGGAAUUGGCAAUUCAACUCCGUAGUAGGGCUCAAAUGCUCAUGACCAAUGCUGAAUUGGCAGCAUACAAGUCUGUCAUGGCUCUUAAAAUUGCAGAUGCCAUUGGUGUAUCAGAAUCUCCAGACCUUGCUUCUUUAAUUCUUGAUUGAAUGUUGAAGUUAGAUAAUAUUGUACAGGAGCGCUAUUAGCAGUCCCAUUCCAUUUGGUUAAAAGUAAUCAAUAUUUCCUGCCGCCGGAGGGUGAUUCUGGCUUGAUUUAAGCUGUGGGGCAGUUUUUUAUAAAGCCAUUUUUGAGGUUGCGUUCCAGAAACUGCGCAGAUCAAAAACUGUAAUUUUGUAUAAAUGAUAGUUCUCUAGAUUUUUUAUUUGUAUCAUGAUCUCGUUUGUGUUGCCUAA